CACGUCGGUCAGCCGCGGUUACGCUGCCGCACAUCGGCCAGACCCUAGUGUUCCAGGCCAUGUGGAAGUUGCUCCCAGCUGCGGGCCCUGCCCGAGAACCAUACAGACUUUUGGCUGGUGUUGAGUACAUUGUUGGAAGGAAAAACUGUGGCAUUCUAAUUGAAGAUGAUCAAUCAAUCAGCCGAAAUCAUGCUGUAUUAACUGCUAACUUUUCUGUAACUAACCUGAGUCAAACAGAUGAAAUCCCUGUAUUGACAAUAAAAGAUAAUUCUAAGUAUGGUACCUUUGUUAAUGAGGAAAAAAUGCAGAAUGGCCUUUCCCGAAUUUUGAAGACAGGGGAUAGAGUUACCUUUGGAGUGUUUGAAAGUAAAUUCAAAGUAGAGUAUGAACCUUUGGUUGCGUGCUCUUCUUGUUUAGAUGUCUCUGGGAAAACUGCUUUAAGUCAAGCUGUAUUGCAACUUGGAGGACUUACUGUAAACAAUUGGACAGAGGAAUGUACUCACCUUGUCAUGGUAUCAGUUAAAGUUACCAUUAAAACAAUAUGUGCACUCAUUUGUGGGCGUCCGAUUGUAAAACCAGAAUAUUUUACUGAAUUUCUUAAAACAGUUCAGUCCAAGAAACAGCCUCCAGAAAUUGAAAGUUUUUACCCACCUAUUGAUGAACCAGUUAUUGGAAGUAAAAAUAUUGAUCUGUCAGGACGACAGGAAAGAAAACAGAUCUUCAAAGGGAAAACAUUUGUCUUUCUAAAUGCCAAACAGCAUAAAAAAUUAAGUGCAGCAGUUGUAUUUGGAGGAGGAGACACUAGGUUGAUAACGGAAGACAAUGAAGAAGAAGAUAGUUUCUUUUCAGCUCCUGGAACUUGUGUUGUUGAUGUAGGAAUAACAGAUUCACAGACCUUAAUUCCUGACUCUCAGAAAAAAUGGAUUCAUUCCAUUAUGGAUAUACUGCAGAGGCAGGGUCUUAGACCUAUUCCUGAAGCAGAAAUUGGAUUGGCAGUUAUUUUCAUUACUACAGAGAAUUACUGUGAUCCUCAGGGCCAGCCCAGUACAGGAUUGAAGACAACAACUCCAGGUCCAGGCCUUUCCCAAGUCUUACCAGCCAAUGAAAACUUAAUGCCAGGUGCCCCAGUGAAUACUACAACAUAUGUAGCUGACACACAAUCAGAGCAAGGAGAUACAUGUAUGAAUUUGAGUGAAAGGCCAAAAGAAAUCAAAAUCUUCGGAAUGGAACAAAAAUUCAGAAUACCUUCACAAGAAUCAUCCACUGUGAAGGAACCCCACAAAGUAAACUCUAAUAAUAAUAAUAUAGUAUCAAAUACUCUUGUUAGUAUGAAAAUCCCAAACUAUCAGCUUUCACCAACUAAAUUCCCAGGUGUAAAUAAAAGUGGAGAUCGGGCUUCUCAGCAUCAGCAAACCAACUCCAUCAAAAACUACUUUCAGCCAUCUACCAAAAAAAGGGAAAGGGAUGAAGAAAAUCAAGAAAUGUCUUUAUCUAAAUCAGCAAGAAUAGAAAUGUCUUGUUCUCUUUUAGAACAAACACAACCUACUACAUCCUCAGUAUGGAACAAUAAGGAGCAGCAGAAUGAGCCUGUGGAAAAAAAACCAGAUAACUCGUAUGCAGAUAUAGAUUUAAAAUCCACUGUGAAAAAUUCUGCCAAUAAAUCUCUCUCUACAGAAAAACUAAGAUCAGAAAAAAGAAAAGAAAUUGAUGAUUUAGCCAUAGAAGAUGAAGUAUUGGAACAGUUAUUCAAGAACGCAAACCCAGAGUUAGAAAUUGAAGUGAAAGUUCAAAAACAAGAGGAAGAUGUCAAUAUUAAAAAGCCGAGAUUGGAUAUGGAAACAAAUGGCACUUGUAAUGAUGAAGCAAUACCAGAAAGUAACAAAAUCUCUAACAAUGAUGAACUUCAGGAUGAUGGUGAGAUGCUUCCAAAGAAGGUGUUACUGACUGAAUUUAGGUCACUGGUGGUUCGUAACUCUACCUCCAGAAAUGCAUCCAGUGUAAAUAAUGAUUAUGGUGAACUAAAGAAUUUCAAGAAAUUCAAAAAGGUCAAAUUUCCUGGAGCAGGAAAACUUCCACACAUCAUUGGAGGAUCAGAUCUAAUGGCUCAUCAUGCUCGAAAGAAUACAGAAUUAGAGGAGUGGUUGAGGCAGGAAAUGGAGGUGCAAAAUCAACAUGCAAAAGAAGAAUCUCUUGCCGAUGAACUCUUUAGAUACAAUCCUAAUGUAAAAAGGAGAAGAUAACAGGGUUUUUUGAAGAAGCCAUGGAAAAACAUUUCCUAUCAAGUAUUUACAUCGAGUUUCCUCGGGGAUACAUGCAUAUAGUGUAUAGAAGAUUUAAGUUUAUGGCCUAAAUUUGUUAAA